UUCCUGUUUGUUUUCUCGUCGCCCUCGUAUACGACUGGAACAGUAGUCGAUCCGCAUUGACUAUAUGCUGGGAGCCUUGACUGGCUUGGACAUGGUCACCAUCUGCUGAGAUUACUAUCAUUCGAAAGCUCCCAGCACCAUGGUGUCUGUCGCGCGCAUCGCCGCUGCCUCGAGCUCCGCAACGCUCCGGGCCGCGGCCUUCUUUUUCCUCCGCUGGAUUCCCGGACAUCACUUUCCGCCUCUCAUCUUCACAGCUUUAGCUGUCUAUCUUACAUCAGUCGUAUCGCUCCUUCGACCGGCUGAGUCGAGCAUCACGGGCCGCCGCGACAACAAUGCUAAAGGGCCUCAGAAGACAGCAAAGCGCGCAACUCCACGUACCACCGAUAAUGUGCUCAAGACGUUGUUCACUGGCCUGCCGUCCGCCAGCUUACCACGCUCGACGCGCUUGACCGUCCUAAUUAAUGUCGCGCUUGCAUUGCUCACUUUGGAUUUCAUGCUGCGUGGUCUGGUGAUCUACCCUAGCGCAGAUGUCACCUUCUCUCGAAUCGGCUAUGUCUCACCAACAACCGCCAAUUUGCUGGUUCGCGAACCAGACUCUGCACAACUGCCCCUAGUGGUCUUCUACCAGCCAGCGGAUACGCAGGAUGCGACGCAAUGGACAGAAGAGGGAAUGAUCUAUGCGCUGGAUGAGUCGACGGACUACACGACCACAGUGACAAUCAAGGGCCUGAAGCCAUCGUCGCCCUACCGAUACUCCCUAUCCAACAACCUUACAGGCUCAUUCGUCACUGCUCCCAUGCCUGGCUCCAAACAGGCAAAUCGACUCAGUUUCCUAACCUCAAGCUGCAUGAAGGCGAACUUCCCCUACAACCCGCUGUCGCAUCCGCUGCGCAUCCCCGGUAUUGAGAUGAUGACUGACACAAUCAACCGCUUGCCGUCAUUGCUGCGACCCGCAUUUAUGCUAUUCCUCGGCGACUUUAUUUACGUUGAUGUUCCCCAGCGCUUCGGCUCGUCGGUCUCACACUAUCGUAGCGAGUAUCAUCGCGUAUACUCAUCUCCUUCCUGGUCUCGCCCCGAGGACAGUACUCCCGCCAUCGACCUGCCAUGGAUUCACACUCUUGACGAUCACGAGAUCGAAAACGACUGGUCGAAAGGUAAUAUCACUGCACCAUACCCGGCGGCAUUCGAGCCCUACAUCCACUACCAUGUCCGGCCCAACCCGCCCAUUCCGCCCGUGCCCUUUGCGACACCCGAGAACACGACUUACUUCUCCUUCAUCCACGGGCCAGCCUCCAUCUUCAUGCUCGAUACCCGCACCUACCGCUCAGCCCCGUCGCAAUACAACUCAACCAUCCUGGGCUCCGCCCAGCUCCAAUCCCUCCUCGCCUAUAUCGCCCGCCCAGAACCCAGUGAGGUGCGGUGGAAGCUCAUAGCCUCCAGCGUGCCCUUCACCAAGAACUGGCGCGUCGGCACCACCGACACCUGGGGCGGGUUCCUGAACGAGCGUCGCGUCGUCUUCGAGGCCAUUUGGCGCGCCGAGCGCGAGCUGGGGAUCCGAAUCGUUCUCCUCAGCGGCGACCGCCACGAGUUCGGCGCCACGCGCUUCCCCGACCCAACCCUGGACCUCCCGCCCAACGAGCUCACCCCGAACACCGCCGGGGAAGGGCUGCACGAGUUCUGUGUCGGCCCGCUGAACAUGUUCUACCUCCCCGUACGCACCUACCGGCAGACGGACAACGAGGACGUCACCAUCAAAUACAUCCCCGAGGGGAACACGAAGUACGGGCUGAUCGACAUCGACGUGCGGGAUGCGGUCAUCGAUACCCCUAAGUCCGGACACCCAGUCACCGUGCCCAGCUCCGUGCUCACGUACUCGAUGUACAUUGAUACGCAGCUGGUAUGGCAGUAUGAACUCAGUGUCCCCUUGCCCGGCUAUGAGGGCGUUGUCGCGGGCGUCGCGGCGUGGAAACACCCAAGGCUCCCGCCUGGAAAGCUUCUGUUGGACACGCGAGAGGAGCAGAGCUGGGAUGCGUGGGCGAAGGGGUGGAUUGGGCAAGUGGAGGAAGUUGUUGGUGUGGUAAGAGAUGUUGUGCUGAAGGUGGUGUAUAAUAUUCUGGAUGUGGUGCAGAGGAAGGAGCGAGUGGACUGAGAGUCUCUUCUAGACAUUUUGGAAACUUGGGGCUAAAGUUUGUUCUUUUAUAACCUGUUUUUUGGGUAAGUUUUUUUUGGCUAGCGAGUGUCUUUUGCUGGACUGGAGGUAGUCGGUCAGUUAAUCAGUCAAUUUUAUGAAUCUAGAACCAAGACGCGUAGAUGGGUUGCCUCG